UCAUGGGUUCAGUGUAACAGUAAUAUACGGUGGAAGAAGUUUGAAUCAAAUUACAUUAUAGUACGCACAAUCCAUGUUGUGUACGCAUAAGUUUAUAACACUUUGAAGUAAAAUGAAUAUACUCAAUAUAACAGUGGUUCCACUUAUUCUCUUGUUCCUGAACUCUGUACAUGCAAACCUCAGAUGUUACAGUUGUUUUCCCUGCACUGAGUUUGAUUAUUUUACAAAUGUCGAUCCAAGAAGAUUUGAACAGGAUUGCUAUUUAGACAGACAUUGUUACAUGAUGAGGGGAACAGUUAGGGACGCGUAUGGAUAUUCGAGUCAGGUAUCUAUCCGUGGUUGUCCCUGGGGUUUAUCCAUCCUAGCUGGUAACCUUCAAGACGGAUGCACAAACACAGAAAUACAAGUUGCUGGUUUGGGACUUGUUAAAGGUGACCUUUGCCUUUGUGAUGGGCAUUUAUGCAAUAGCUCACCAAGAACUAGAAAUAUUAGUAAACUAGUGUGGUUGCUUUCAUUUUCAUUUUUCAUAUUCAAAAUAUUGUAAAAAAAAAAAUAAUUUUUAGUUGUAUGCACUUUGUAUUAUACACAGUUUCUUAGUUAUGCUAUACUUCAGAAAUGUCAUGCAUAAUUUUUAAUCUAAAAGAUGAAGUAAAUUAAUAUUUAUCGAAAUAUAUUCUGAAUUUUA